UAGUGGAAGGGGCUGAGAUUGGAGUUUAUUUUUGUUAUUCUUCCAAUUUAAAUAUAAAGUUAAGAAAAACAAAGUCUAUUAAUAUACAAUGUGGACAUCGCGCUCAAUUGCGCAAACUUCUCUAAGCUACACCAGAAUGUGUUUUUUAGUAAAUUGUCUAAAGCGAUUCAAGAGUUCUCAACAGUGGCUAAGUCGUCAAAGAGUGGACCCUUAUGUUGAAAAGGCAAAGAUGUAUAAUUAUAGAUGUCGCAGUGCAUUCAAACUUCUGGAAAUGAACGAAAAGACGAACAUACUAACACCAGGCCUUACGGUUAUUGACCUAGGAGCUUCACCAGGCUCAUGGACCCAAGUAGCAGUGCAAAAAACGAAUGCUGAUGGAGCAGACCCCAAAAAACCUAAAGGGAAAGUGUUGGCCAUUGACAAAUUACAAUUAUUUCCAAUUGCGGGAGCUACAAUAUUGAAUAACAUGGAUUUUUCAACAAUCGAGGCACAUGAUAAGGUGAUAAAGGCUUUAGGGGAUAAGAAAGUAGACUUGGUUCUGUCAGACAUGGCCCCGAACGCCACCGGCGUGCGGGAGCUGGACAAGGACCGCAUCAUAGGGCUCUGCUACAUGGCUAUAAGGUUUGCGGCACUAGUCACCAAGAUUGACGGCAACUUGUUAGUUAAAGUAUGGGAUGGAAAAGAAGUGCCAAUCUUAGAAAUGGAUUUGGAAAGAUUUUACAGGAGUAUCAAAAUUUUAAAGCCAAAUGCCAGCAGAUCAGAAUCGUCAGAAAAAUUUAUUCUUGCAAGAGGAUUCAGGGGCAUUCAGAGGCCCUUGGAGAAUGGCCGCUGGGGGUAGCAUGUACCUGAAUGUGAAAGCUGUGUCGCUACAAAUAAUAUGUCUUCCAGGUGGAAUUGAGGAUUAAGUUAGUCUUCAUAUUUAGGCAAUCUUA